CGCAGAGGUAGAUGGACCGCGAAAAGCACAGUACAACCCGGUACGCCGGUCUAGCCGGCGGCAUGACCGGAUGUAUAACCCGCUUCAUCUGCCAACCACUGGACGUGUUGAAAAUUCGCCUCCAGCUCCAGGUGGAACCGAUCGCGACCAGCUCGAACCACUCCAAAUAUCGUUCGAUGUUACAAUCGAUCGCCUGCAUCUACCGUGAGGAAGGUCUGCUAGCUUUCUGGAAGGGUCACAAUCCGGCCCAGGUGCUUUCCCUCGUGUACGGUGUGGCGCAGUUUUCUUUCUACGAACGAUUAAACAGCCUUCUGCGUAGUGUGCCGAUGCUGGAAGGGCACGAUCAGGGUCGCCAGUUCCUCUGUGGUGCUUGCAGUGGUUCGUUUGCUGCCCUUACCAUCAUGCCGCUGGACGUCAUACGGACACGACUCGUUUCACAGGAUCCCGGCCGGGGCUACCAAAACGCCCUGCAGGGUUUGACGGAGAUUUACCGACACGAAGGCGUCAGGGGAUUGUAUCGGGGUGCCGGGCCAGCGAUGCUACAAAUUGCGCCAUUGGCCGGUGGCCAGUUCAUGUUUUACAACCUAUUCGGUACGCUGGCCAAGCAGUUGCACGGGCUGCCGGUCGAGGCAAAGCUACCAUCGCAGGAACUGUUCGUUUGCGGUGGGCUGGCUGGUCUGUGUACGAAACUGCUCGUCUAUCCACUAGAUCUAACAAAAAAGAGACUGCAGAUACAGGGUUUCGCAAACAGCCGGCAAACGUUCGGACAGCACUUCGUUUGUCGCCAUAUGUUCCACUGCCUGGUGCAGGUUGGUCGAGGUGAGGGCCUUCGCGGUCUGUACAAAGGUUUACUGCCGUCCCUGCUAAAGGCCGGGUGUACUUCCGCUUUUUACUUUAUGAUCUACGACAGUCUGUUGGUGCUGUUCAACAGCAAAGGGAAGCUUUAACGUUGUAUACAUAAAUACGGCUUAGCCAUAACGCACAUUCUACAAUU